CAGAGGAGUUAAACAGGAGAUGGAGUUUAGCAAAAUUUAUUUUCAAACCCAAGCUCCUACGUUCCAUAGUAGAAGAAAAAGAUCUGCUUUCCUCUUCGAAAAGUCAUUGAACUGGAUUUGCAUCCGCUUCUCUCAAAACUACUGUACUUUCAUCAACAUCAGUGGAAAUGGCAGGGAAAUUCAUGCGUGCGGUACAGUACGAUAGCUAUGGUGGAGGAGCCGCUGGUUUAAAGCAUGUUGAAGUUCCAGUUCCAGUUCCAAAAAAAGAUGAGGUUUUGAUAAAACUAGAAGCAACUAGCCUGAAUCCUUAUGAUUGGAAAAUGCAGAAAGGAGUGAUGCGGCCUCUUCUUCCUUGUAAAUUUCCUUUCAUACCUGCCAACGAUGUGGCAGGAGAAGUCAUGGAGGUUGGAUCUGCAGUAAAAAAUUUUAAAGUUGGUGACAAAGUUGUGGCUCUGCUAAGCUCUUUGAGUGGAGGUGGCCUUGCCGAAUUUGCUGUUGCUAAGGAAAAAUUAACUGUGGCAAGGCCCCCAGAAGUUUCAGCAGCUGAUGGUGCAAGUUUACCGGUUGCUGGUCUUACUGCUCACCAAGCUCUCACAAAAUCUGCUGGCAUCAAGCUUGAUGGAAGUGGCAAGCAGGUAAACAUUCUGGUCACUGCAGCUUCAGGAGGAGUAGGUCAUUACACUGUUCAGCUGGCAAAGCUCGGAAACACACAUGUGACAGCCACCUGUGGGUCUCGCAACAUUGAAUUUGUAAAGAGCUUGGGAGCUGAUGAGGUUUUGGACUAUAAAACCCCAGAAGGGGCAGCUUUAAAGAGUCCAUCUGGUCGGAAAUAUGAUGUGGUUAUACACUGUGCAAACAGCAUUCCCUGGUCUACCUUUGAGCCUAAUUUGAGUGAUAACGGGAAGUUAGUAGAUUUAACUCCUGGGCCAAGAGCCAUGCUUACUUUUGUUCGAAACAAAGUUACCUUCUCCAGAAAGCAACUUGUGCCUCUUCUCAUGAGUCCCAAAAAAGAGAACCUAGAGUAUCUACUUAACUUGGUGAAGGAGGGGAAGAUUAAGACUGUGAUCGACUCAAAGCAUCAUCUGAGUAAGGCUGAAGAUGCCUGGGCGAAGAGUGUCGAUGGUCAUGCUACUGGAAAGAUCAUUGUGGAGAUGUAAGUUCAUGUAUGUUGUGAUUGUGAUUAUGAUUGCUAAAGCUGGCUUGACUUCUGAAGGCUGCUUGUGUUAUUGUGUAAAAAAUGAUACCAUGUAGAAUAAGUUAAAUGCCGUGCUUUUAAGAUAUGUUGAUAGUUGAAUCGUAUACUAAGAAGACAUACUUCUCCAUUUAUAUUCUUGUAAGAUAUGUGGAUUUAUAAGAUUUGUGUUAUGUUAUUAAAUUUGUAAACAAAAUAUGUUCAGGA